AUGGGAGACCUGAAGUCGGGUUUUGAAGAGGUGGAUGGCGUGAGGCUCGGCUACCUCAUCAUUAAAGGAAAGCAAAUGUUUGCACUCUCCCAGGUUUUUACAGACCUGCUAAAAAACAUCCCGCGAACUACCGUGCACAAGCGAAUGGAUCAUUUAAAAGUAAAAAAGCAUCACUGCGACCUGGAGGAGUUGAGGAAACUCAAAGCCAUCAACUCCAUCGCUUUCCACGCCGCCAAAUGCACCCUGAUCUCCAGAGAGGACGUGGAAGCCCUUUACACAUCCUGCAAAACCGAACGGGUCCUUAAGACGAAACGGAGGAAAAUAAGCCGGGCUCUAUCGACCGCCGACCUCCGGCCGGACCUCGCAGCCACCGACCCCUUCUCGGGCUUCUGGAAGGAGAACAAACUUUGGCUGGGUUUGAAUGACUCUCCCCGGCCCUUGCUGCCCAUCAGGAGGAAAGCCUUGCGCACGGGGGACACAGCCUCGCUACCGGCCUCUCAUCUACCUCACAUUUUUAGUAAAUACACUGGCCACAGCUACCCAGAAAUCGCUCGGGCGCCUUGCAAACCCCCCGUAAACUAUGAAACGGCGCCGGUGGCGGGCGGCUGCGCUCCCCUCCGCUCCCGCCGCCCUCCCGCCGUCGCGGCGCGGCCGCGACUCCUGGCCGCCGGGCCCCCUCCCCUGCCCGCCCGCUGCCGCCGCCGCCGCCACCACGGGGCGGCCGCCGCCGCGCUGGGCCCCUGCAGCGGCGCCCGCCGGCCCCCGGCUCCGCCGCGGCCCUGCCGACCCCGCGGGGCCCCGCGGCUCUCGCUGCCGCUGCCCUGCGGCUUCGGGCCGCCGCCGCCCGCCUUCCCCGAGAGCGGCAGCAGCGACUCGGAGUCCAGCUGCUGCUCCGGCCGCGCCGCCCACGAUUCGGACUGCGGCUCCAGCCUCUCCAGCUCCAGCGAGGGCAGCUCGGAGGAGGAGGACGAGGAGGAGGAGGACGAGGAGGGCAGCGGCGCCUCGGACUCCAGCGAGGGCAGCUCGGAGGAGGAGGAGGACGAGGAAGAGGAGGAAGAGGAAGAGGAGGAGGAGGACAGCACCUCGGACUCCGACUCCAGCUCGGUCUCCAGCCAGGUCUCGGUGCAGAGCAUCCGCUUCAGGCGCACCAGCUUCUGCAGCCCGCCCGGCGUGGUCCACGCCAACUUCUUGUACCAUCUGGCGGCUGCCGCCGCCCCCCGGCCCCCGGCCCCGGCGGAGCCCGGCGGGCUGCCCGCCCUCCGCGGCGCUCCCGGCGGACUCAAGCCGGAGCUGCCGGAGGAGUGGGGCCGCCCCGGCUGGGCUCCCGCUGCCCCGGCUCUGCGCUGCUCCGGCGGCCUGGGGAGCUGCUUCGCGGAGAUAAGAGAUGAUAGGGUAUCCGAGAUCACAUUCCCACACUCUGAAUUUUCCAAUAACGCCAAGAGUACUGACCUAACAAUUAACUGUGUUGCAAAGGGGGCCUCUUCACCUAGCCCAAAGACAAACAAUGCAUUUCCACAACAAAGAAUACUCAGAGAGGCAAGGAAAUGCCUUCAAGCAACUACUACACACCGUGCAGAUAACAAUACAAUAGCUGCUAGGUUUUUAAAUAGUGAUUCUUCAUCAGCGGCAGCAAAUUCAGAGAAAGAUUCCAAAAUCCCUCACUGUAUUGAAUUUGCCACGGAUUUGCCCUCUUUACAAACUGAUCCUGAGGAGGAUGCUGCUUCUCCAGGGGCAGCAGCGGCAGCUGAGCUCCAGUGCACUGAUACAGGCAAUAAGGCAUUGCCAUUCCUGCACAGCAUUAAAAUCAAAACAGAGGACAGCAGUGGGAACGACGAGUAUGAGCCUGACCUUACAACAACACAUAAGCUAAAGUGUGAGUGCAAUGAUACUAAGGAUGAGUUUUACGGUGAGACUGAGAGUAAUAACCAGGACGCUUUAUUAACAGCCAAGGAAGAUUCUGCAUGCACUGAGAAAGAAACCACUUCCUUAAACCCGCUGACUCAGAGUCAGGUCCUCUCAUGCACUUUAGGUACUCCAAAACCUGAGGAUGGGGAGUAUAAAUUUGGAGCAAGGGUGAGAAAAAAUUACAGGACACUGGUUUUGGGAAAGCGACCUGUACUGCAGACUCCUCCAGUCAAACCAAAUUUGAAAUCAGCUCGAAGUCCACGUCCUACAGGUAAAAUCGAGUCACAUGAAGGAACACUGGAUGAUUUUACAGUUAACAAUAGACGCAAAAGGGUAGCCAGCAAUGUAGCAUCAGCAGUGAAAAGGCCGUUUAAUUUCAUGGCAAAUUUUCCCUGUCCACCAUCACUAAUUAUUGGCAAUGAUGGGGAUUUGUUGCCAGCUUAUUCCUUAAACACCACUAAGGAUUCCCAACCACCUCACAAGGCCCAUCCUGUAUGGAAAUGGCAGCUGGGCGGCUCUGCAAUACCUCUUCCACCUAGCCACAAAUUCAGGAAAUUUAAUUAAUAAAAUAGUUUGGAAAAUAUUUUCUUGAACCAACUUUAACUUUCUUACGUUUUUUUAAACUCUGCAGGAUGGUUUGUACAAGCCCAUUAAUGCUAUACACACUUUUGGAAUCCUAUUUUAUCACAAUGUGAAGACAGAAACCGGAUUACUAUUUUGUUUACCAUUACAACAGUGGUUCUUUAUUUUGUGUUUUUAUAUAUAUAUUUUUUUGUUCUGUUGCAUUUGGGUUUUUUUUGUUACAUUCCACAGAGUACUUCAGGCUAAAGACUCAAGUUAAACUCGGUUAUUAUGGUAGAGCUGCAACACUUUACUGUUUAAAUGCUAAUAAUGCACCAGUACCUCAAUUCAACUGCUGCAAAUAAAUGUCAAAAGGUUGAAUAAUAAAUAUUAGAAUGAGCCAUUAAAUUUAUGCACUAGAUUUCGAAAAUGGAAGUCUAACUGUUAAUUCAGUUAAAGUUUGUUAAGUUACAUGGUUGCACAGUAAGGGUUCACUAUAAUUCAACGUGGCAGCAGCCUGCUUUUCGGGAGCUUUGUUUUCGGGUGCAGGGGUGUCUUUUUCGAAGAGCAGUUGCACUUACUCCUUUUUCUCUGGUUUAGAAAGGCUGGGGUCCACCUGCGACCCCAGCACUGGGAAAAGCUGCCUCAUCUGAAACCAGUAAAUAAAUGUGGAAUUCUAUUUUUGGUAAAAGGGUGUCUUUUUACUUGUACAGCCACUCUUUGUAACUGGGAAGCCUUUUUGUUUCACCCAGAGGUCUUAAAUAAGGUUAGCGUUACUCACUAAUGUCAUACUUAAGUUGUGGUCUGAACAUGCCCCUUACAAACUUGCAAAGCAACUAAACUAUUUGCCUGGCUAGCAGUACAAUUUAUGGUCCAGCCCCUCACACUGGCUGGAGGAAAUAGCAAAGCAGUAAAUACAACACAGAAAGUGAAACGAGAGGCCGUUGUAAGUGGAAAGAAUACACAAAAUGAGAAGACCAUGUUAUUCAUAGCUUUUUGCCACCAAAACUCAGGCUUUUCAACCCUGUUACACUUCCCAGUUCUAUAGUCAUCUGUUGAAAUUUGUUGUUUUUUGUUUUUUGUUUUUUUUUUUGCCAUGCCAUCCUCUCUAUGUAGCAGAAACAUUUCUACUGCACGUGACAAUCAGAGGCAAUUAUCUAUAUUUGCACUUAAUAUCGAAAUAGUCGAACUGGCAGACUUCUAGAGUCUAGCCCUCGGUAAGACAUGCUGGUAUAAUAUAUUGUGAUGAUGGAAGCAGUAAAUCAAAAUUAUGGAAAUUUGCACUGUUGAAAAGCAUGCUUUAGCUUUAUUUUCAAUUAAAAACAGUUUUUAAAAAAAUCCUGAUUCCAUACACUUUGAAUUAUUGCAGAGUUAUCCGUGGUUUCCUCUUCGUUUGUAAGUUCACUGUUUUUUUUUUUGAGGAAAUACGCUUCAAGAGGUUAACUGUUUCCCUUCCCCCCCCCAAGACCCU